AUGGCGGUUCUCGAAGCUGCUCUCUCCAUCCUCUCCUUCUCUUCUUCUUCCUCCUCCUCAUCCUCAAAACCUUAUCUCUUCACUAAACGCUCUAAACCCAACUCCGUAACUCUUCGAAUCCCAACUAACCUCUCUCUCAGUCUCCCUCUUCGUACCUCUGGCUCUAACUCUCGGCGACUCGUAUUCUCCUCCGUCACAGAGGAAGAAACUUCCUUUACAUCGGAGAAACCCGAAGAAACCCAGAAGUCGAAUCUAAAAAGGAAACUCUUUGUAUUCAACCUCCCUUGGUCCAUGAGCGUAAACGACAUCUCCAACCUUUUCGGACAAUGCGGAACUGUCACCAGCGUCGAGAUCAUAAAGCAAAAAGAUGGAAAGAACAGAGGUUUUGCUUUCGUGACAAUGUCUUCCGGUGAAGAAGCUCAAUCCGCUGUUGAAAAGUUCGAUUCGUUCCAAGUUUCAGGGAGGAUUAUUAGGGUAAGCUUUGCGAGAAGGUUUAAGAAGCCUACUGUGAAACCUCCUAACGCUGUUAAUCCUUCUGCUUCCCCUGGAGAAACACGUCACAAACUCUAUGUUUCUAACCUCGCUUGGAAAGCAAGAUCAACUCAUCUCCGUGAGUUCUUCACUGCUGCUGACUUCAACUUGGUUUCAGCUCGUGUUGUUUUCGCAGACCCUGGAGGUAGAGCUUCAGGUUAUGGCUUUGUCUCGUUCCCUACUAGAGAAGAAGCUGAGGAUGCAAUCUCUAAACUUGACGGGAAGGAGCUAAUGGGCAGACCUAUCAGUCUAAAGUUUAGUUUGAGAACCGCUGGUGAAUCUGAAGAUAGUAACACAGUAGAAGACAACAAUAGUUCUGAAGAAGAAUCUGAAGAUGUUGGUGAAACAAUAGAAGAAAAACCUGUGGAAUGA